CAAAACUGCGCAGGGAGAGGUUUACACCACCCUCAAACGCACAAGGCUGUUGCCCACCGUCACGACGUCUACCUUCGGUGCUCAGCGCCUCUUCUCUUCUCUUUCAACCCCAUUUCAACGGUCAGCGGCAAGAACUGCGACCAACAAUCAAGGCCUGUUUAGUUGCACGGCCUUCCUCGCAACCAGUCGAACAUACGCAAAGAAGAUGCCCCCCAAGAAAGCGGCAAAGGAGGAGAAGAUCCUGCUGGGCAGGCCUGGUAAUAAUUUGAAGAGUGGAAUUGUCGGUCUUGCCAACGUGGGGAAAUCCACACUCUUCCAAGCUAUCACCAAAUGUCACCUUGGAAACCCUGCCAACUUCCCCUUCGCGACUAUUGACCCUGAAGAAUCCCGAGUCAUCGUACCUGACGAGAGAUACGACUGGCUUUGCGAAAAGUACCAACCAAAAUCCAGAGUCCCCGCCCAUCUUACCAUCUACGAUAUUGCUGGCUUGACCCGAGGCGCUUCGACUGGUGCUGGUCUGGGAAACGCCUUCUUGUCACAUAUCCGUGCUGUCGAUGCCAUUUUUCAAGUCGUGCGUUGCUUCGAUGAUGCAGAGAUCAUUCAUAUUGAGGGAGAUGUCGACCCUGUCCGAGAUUUGACCAUCAUCAGUGAAGAGUUACGAAUCAAGGACAUCGAGUUCACCGAGAAGGCUCUUGAAAACUUGAAGAAGCUGACUCGGAGAGGUGGUCAAAGUCUCGAGAUGAAGAAGCUUAAGGAGGAAGAAGCUUGUGUCGAAAAGGUCUUGGCUCUGCUACAAGGAGGUGGUGACGUCCGGAAAGGAGACUGGUCAGCAAAGGAGGUCGAGUUCAUCAACCCUCUCUUCCUACUAACCGCCAAACCUGUUGUCUACCUUAUAAACUUGAGCGAGAAGGACUAUAUCCGAAAGAAGAACAAGCAUCUCGGAAAGGUCAUGGAAUGGAUCAAGGAGAACGCUGCUGGAGACCCUAUCCUGCCAAUUUCCAUUUGCCUCGAGGAGCGUCUUACUCGAUUUGAGACCGAAGAAGAAGUAGCCGCUGAGCUCAAGACCCUCGGUGUCGACUCGGCUUUACCCAAGAUCAUCACCACGAUGCGAAAAGUCCUUAACUUGGGCAGCUUCUUCACAACCGGCACAGACGAAGUCCGACAAUGGACGAUCAGAAAUGGUACCAAGGCGCCACAGGCUGCAGGUGUCAUUCAUGGUGAUUUCGAGAAAACUUUCAUUCAAGCCAUCAUAUACAACUUCGCAGUUCUCAAGGAGCUAGGCGACGAAGCAGAGGUCAAGGCGAAAGGGAAGAUCUUGACGAAGGGCAAGGACUACGUCAUUGAGGAUGGUGACAUAGCAUUGUUUAAGUGUGGAGCUGCGAAAGGAUAGAGAAAUAAUAUCAUGACUCAAGCCAACAUCUAUUCCUUUUGAUCCGGUACGCGAUUUUAUCCUCUUUUGUGAUCUUCACGGGUUGAAAAGUCAGCGAGUAUCUGGAUAAGAAAAUAGUGAAGUCCGUUCUAUUCGAGUGACUAGGCCAGGUUCCUAUCGUUGGAGAUAGGGGGAACAUAAUGGUAUGCGUUUGCCAGUCGAUUCAGAUGGAUUGUCGGUGUGAUGACGCGACAGUAUUCAUCACAGCUGAACCCCUGCCC